CACACACAUGGGUUAUGAGCUGCAAAUAGGCUUGUCCUUUCCGAAACGAUGAACGCGGACGGCUGUGAUUCUCUUGAGGGCUUGAAAAUCACAAUUGGAGAGAUGUUGGACUUUAACGUCUCCAAGUCAUUGCGCGAAGGCAAUGUCACCAAGAAUUCCAGUUGUGGAUCCGUAUCAGUUGGUUUCCCCAUAACCAUGAUGAUAACCGGCAUGGUGGGCAACUCAUUAGCUCUCAUGCUGGUGUAUAUCUCUUACAAAAAGAAGGAAAAUAAAAGGAAAAAGUCGUUCUUGCUUUGCAUUGGAUCGCUGGCGUUAACUGACCUGUUUGGACAGCUUUUGACCAGUCCAAUAGUGAUCUCAGUUUACCGAGCCGGUCUGAAAUGGGAGCAAAUCGACUCAUCUGGCAAAUUGUGCGCUUUUUUCGGUGUGUGCAUGACAACUUUUGGCCUGUGCCCUCUCUUCUUGGCCAGCGCAAUGGCAAUAGAAAGGGCUUUGGCGAUAACAAACCCCCACUGGUACUCCAAUCACAUGAAGACAAGUGUGACAAAGCAGAUUUUGGCUGUCAUAUGGUGUCUUGUGUUGCUCUUUGCGCUCCUGCCCAUCGCAGGGGUCGGGGAAUACACACACCAGUGGCCGGGCACCUGGUGCUUUAUCAGCACGGGGGACAGAAAAGUCCCGGGCAAUAUGUUUUUCGCCAUCACUUUUGCUGUUCUUGGGAUUUUCUCCCUGCUUGUUACACUUUUCUGCAAUGUGGUGACGAUCCGAGGCUUGAUUAUCCGGUGUAAAACAAAGUCUGGCACGUCUCAGUCUUCAAAGCAGUGGGAACGACUCACCACGGAGACCGUCAUUCAACUGUUAGGGAUUAUGUGCGUCCUGCUUAUAUGCUGGUCUCCUCUGCUGGUGCUCAUGCUGAGUAUGAUCUCCAACCAGGUGUCAUCACACGACUGCAAUCACAUCUCCAGCUGGCACAUCCAGUUAGAUUGUAAUUUCUUUCUGACAGCGAUCCGCAUGGCCUCCCUCAACCAGAUCCUUGACCCGUGGGUUUAUCUGCUGCUCAGGGAGAUCCUCUUCCGCAAGUUCUGCAUCGUGGCCAAUGCAGUGUCCAACUGCUCCAUAGAGGAGCAGAAGGAGACCCAGACGGCAUUGGAUGCCCUUAACAAGCAGAAGCAGGAAAGCGUCAACCUUCAUAAACCACGAUGUAGCUAAGUCAACAUUUUCAGGGAUCGCUAUCUUUAUGACUUUGAAGCAGUGACACUUUGGAUGGAUGUGAAAAUGGAAACACUAGUGACUUGGAUGUUUUGUUAAAAACACAGGGACAGCAUUAUUUCUCCAUGUCCUCCACAGAAGGAUAUUUUGCAAUGGGAGAUAAGAGAGGUUAUAGUCGAAAUGACAAGCUGCCAAGUCUGCUGUGGACGCAUUUGUUUUGCUUUAAACAAAUUCCAUUUAAAGUCACCUAACCAGCAUAAGGAUGCAUGAACAUGUCGUCUCUUGCAUUUGGCUGCAGCGUGGGGGCCAGGAAUCUUCUCAUUGCUAGUUUUUAGUUUUGAUAACAACAUCUCCCAGGCCCAAGAACUGAACAUGGGGGACUCUAAAAUGACUUAUAUGGAAGUGAUGCAUCUCAUGCUCUCUUUAGUUUCUGAACUGAGUCAUUGCUUUCAAAUACUUGAAGCCAUAAACCAGCUAAAGGAGAAGGUGGGGUUUUUUUUGUGAAUGUCUGUAAAUUAAGACAUUGCUUAUAUUGAGUAGUAAAUAGCGUUGCCAUAUCUUACAUGAAAUGUAACCACGGUGGCCAUUCAAAAGAAAAAUGCAAAUCCUUAACUGGAGCCAGUUGUUGAUAGUAAGAUUAUUUAUUAGUGUCUGUAAUAAUAAGGAUUUAGCUGUUUCUGAAUGCUGACAAAGCUACCUGCUGGGUAUCAGUUGUUGUAAAUUUUAGAAUAUACUGUACGUGGUGUUCCUCGGCGAGCAGCCAGGACUGUAAAAUGUGAAGCUUUUUAUUUGUCUCCACUCUCCCUCCUGAAUAUGAGUGCACUGGUAUAUUUUUGUGCUAUUUUUUCUCUGCAAUUUAUAGCUUUAAUUUCACUCUUAUGAAAAAGUGUGUGAGGGAAAUGAUUAUUGAAGGUGUUUAACAUUAUGAGAUUAUGGAUAACAGAGUGGCCUGAUACUUGCAAGGCUUUUAAAGUGUCAUUGAGAAGUUACUGCAUAUUUCAUCAAAUUAAUAGUAUUCCUGUUCUGUUAAUGCACAGUUUGUAAUGAAGAGUCUCUCUAAUUUCAACAGCCAAAUGUUAAUGCAGAAAAACAAACAAAAAAGUUCCAUCAACAUAGUUAGAGUGAGGGGAGGUUUUUGGAUAUAAUGCUGAUAAGCAGAAAAAAAAAAAAAAGAUAAAAAAGCUUUUUUGGCAUGCCUGAAACUGAUUGUUCAACUGCUGGAACCCAACAUAUGCGACUCCACACGCUUUCAUCAGUGUGUAGGCCGACAGUGUUAGGUAGUCACGGGACUGGAGCUGCAUGUUUAAAGAUCUUUUUUUUUUUUGCUACUGCACAAAUUCACGUUUAUAAUUCUGUGGUGAUUGACUCAGAUAUGUUAAAUGAGUCGUUUCAUAUUCAAAUGUUUUGCUCUUAUCAGCCAAAUUGUGUCUUUCUAGCCUUGAUGCUGCCUCUAAAUGUAAGUAAAAGUUCAUUUCUUUUGAAUGUGUACAGUGCAAUUCACCAGAAGUCUCAGAUAAAAUCAAGGUACUUUUCAAUGUGGCGAUUUGGGUUUUAGUGCCAGAUGACUUAAUGUUAUUUAUCAAGAAUGCAGUUGGAAAUGUAUUUUAUUUUUACAGUGGUGUAAACAUGAUCUUGUACUUUCAGCUACGUUUUCUUGUAUAGCACUGUAGAUGUAUUUGAGGAGAUCCACUAUCUCACUCAAAGACAUAUCGAGGAUGGGCACAUUUGCUGUCAUGGUAACCUUCAGGUUAUGGGGCACUUAUUCACACCAACAGCACUGCCUUCUCAGCACAUCAAGCAACAAGAUAAGACUUACAUUCUGCUUUGCCUGGGCCUGCCUUUGCCUCUCACAUGUCAGAAUACAUACAAGCUCCUAGAGGAAACUGUUGGCUGCAAAAGUGAUGUAGUUGUAGAGUUUAUCUUGUAUCGAUGGAGAAGCUGGUCUGUAUUAGAAACCCAAUCAAAAGAUUAACCUUGGUUGUGAGCAAAAACAUAAAAUAUAGACAGAGAUAAAGAUUUUUUUCUGUUGAACAGAAAUUUAACAAUUUGGCAUUAUUCACUAUUAUUCUAGAGCUCAUUACCAGCUAUGAAUGUGUGGAAAACACAAAUAACAAGUGAUGGGUUUCAAGUGUUAAUGAGGACAGUUCAUUUUCACGAAUGCUCCACUAAUUGAGCUUGUGGCUCUGCAUUUUAAGUUUUUACUCCAGGCAUAUGUUCAUCCUGUGCAGCAGUUAAUAUGCACUUCAACAGAAACAUCUGGGGUUUAAUCCAUAUAUUUAAAACAAUGAUUACAUUUGUUCUCAAGCUGCAGUGGGAUAUGGAAGGUUUACAAUUGACUCAAUCAGCUUCCACGUGACUCAGCGUCAUGUAAUUAUCUCAGCUCCCUGUCCAGGAGACUCUGGAGCUUCCUCUUCGUCCGAAUAAUUAGGCAAAGGAAUAUCCCCAUGAAGUUAAUUGGCAGUACAUUUGGUUUAAAUUUUUCCAGUGUGUUGCAUCCAACCCAACCGCCACUGGGAAAAGGAAAAUGGCAGAAUAACAAUUAAUCCUUUGUAAAUAGAAAUUAUGAUACAUUUCCACCCUCUUUAAGGCACAAUGUUGACAGGGAGUGCUUUAUGUGGUUCUGCAUUAGAGUUUCAAUAUACAUGUUCAUUAGAACCAGGGGAGAUUCACAUGAGAUAAAAAAUUCUGCAGACUCCAGUUUAUUGAUCUACGCGGUGUAAUCUUCACAGGCGAUGAUAGAAGAUAACUUCAUUAAGAGGUUUGACAGAAAUGAAUUUGCUCUUUGCUACAACAUGCUGUUACAUAUUAAUCUCAAGCUUUGAUUGUACGGACUGUGAAGGUUUUCUCACAUGCUUGAAUGUUGUCCAUUUGUGUAAGGAACAGGCUAAUUCGAGUCUUGCAUUUACAAUUACUGUGUAAAAUUACAUAAUGAUGUUGUAAAAGGCUUUAUGAGGUCCGGAGAAUCUUGUAUUUCUUGUAUUUCCAGCUGGCACCAUCUCUCUCACUCAAGUCACUAACGCAUGGAAGUGAUCUACUGAUUGCCUCAUGAGCUGAGGAGUCACUUGAUGUCUUGAGAUUUCAAGACAAGAAUAGAUUGUUUAUGAUAAAAAAAUGUUUGAACAUUUAAUAAUUUGCAUUUUUCUCAAUUUUUGAAUGUGCAUUUUCCAAAUUGUUUCUACACACAAAAAUGUUUAAGUAUUCAAACGAUUACUUUAUGAUAGAAAAAAAAAAUUGUGCUGUAAAAAUACAUUUUGACCAUCUCUGUAUCAUAUAAAACAAAAGCAAAUACACAACAAACGCAGCAACGCAACUAUAUAGAGGAUGUUAACAGCAGGUGUCCUUUCUAGAGAGACUGAUCACAGACUGGCCCAGCUAGUAAACAUGUGGCAUCAGCAGUUCACUGAUAAGGUACUUGAUGGUUCUUUGCUGCAGAUUGGAGCUGCCACCAAGCAAAGAGGCCUUGCAGAACUUGUAGAGUAGUCUUUCAAGUCUAUUUAAAGAGCACAUGAUGGUGUCACAAGUGCACACAAAACAAUGAAAGCAGGUUUGGCCCACCAGCCACGGCUCCACUGAUGAAUGUUUAUACAUACCUGAUGUCUAUCAGAUGUCCAUCUUCUUCUGUUCACAUUACGCCUCUGCUUUUGAAAGUUUAACAAUAACUCUUCAGUGUUUCCUAACUCUGAACACUGAGACACGAUUCUCAGAUGAGGGCUAUCUACAUGCUUUCUGUUUCUUUGUCUAAGAUCUUGUUCUGUUCUGUAGACUGUUGUUCAGGUCAGGAAUGCUGUACAUUUUGCAACCUUUUUUCCUUGAGAUAUCUUUGUCAUCUGUCAAAAAUAGGCUUACAUAACAUGUUGCUGAGGCUAAAAGAGGAAUAUCUACCUAACUAUCAAAGUGUCCUUUUGGUACUUUUAUGUCUUUGUCCUCUUUUUGACUUGUCUAAGUUCAACAUGGUUCAUCAUUUUGCAGCAGCGUUCUUGGCUUAUAUGGUGAUGUAAGAAUUAAUUCCAUUAUAGGAUAAAAACAUAUUCUUGUUGGGCUUUUGUGGCUGCUGAAGCAUUUUUUUCUAAUGAAAUAUCUAUACAUUCUCACCAUCAUACUAAUUAAUGACUGAUACUAAUGGAGUGUACAGUGUUUUACAAGUAGUGUGCCGCCCGGUUGAACUGGGGUAAGCCUGAGCCAAGCAAUAUAUAAAUAAAAGAAUAAAAAAAAGAAAGAGGAAUGGGGUCGUUCUGGUGCAUCGUCACACCAUGAAACCACUUAUGUCCUCUGGUUGGCUUUGUUGGCUUUAAUUUGACUUUUUGAAGUCCGCUUGUGUAGCAAAUACUCAAACUGAAAUUGCUUGUUUUAUGAGAAUGAUGAUUCAACUGAGAAUGAUAUAAAUGUAUUUCCACUGAUGAAUGUUUCAAAAAACUGUGAAUCUUGUUGCUGCUGGGCAUUUCAAAGCAUGUGAGGGCUUCUGUUGUUUGUUGUCCUAUAGUGCAAUGUGUUUUUACAUGAGUCAAU